AUGGACUUCUCUAUCCGCGCGGCCAACGUGGAGGACUGCAAGGACAUCGCGCGGAUGAUCACGGAACUGGCUGAAUAUGAGAAAGUCACAGACCAAGUGAAAAUCACUCAGAGAGACUUGGAGCAGGACGGCUUCUCCAAAAACCCGUUCUUCCACGGAAUCAUCGCUGAGGUUCCGGAGCAGCACAAAUCCAAAGAAGGUCAUAUGAAGAUCGGAUACGCACUUUACUUCUUCUCGUACAGCAGCUGGAUGGGCAGGGCUGUUUUCAUGGAGGAUCUGUACGUCAUGCCUGAGUACAGAGGAAAAGGCAUCGGAAAAGCACUGAUGAGUAAAGUAGCCCAGUUGGGUCUGGCCGCCGGCUGCCACCAGCUCAACUUCACCGUCCUGGACUGGAACAAAUCGUCUGUGGACUUCUACCUCCACCAGGGCUGCACCGACGUCACCACCGACAUGGGCUACCACUACAUGAGCUGCAAAGGGGAGGCCAUGGAGCACCUGGCCCAGCCCUGACCCCGCCCCUGACCCAACACCAGGCCCCUGACCCCACACCUGGCCCACCCCUGACCCCAUAUUAGUACCACCAUGACCCCACACAUGGCCCCACUAUGACCCCACACGUGGCCCCACUGUGACCCCACACCAGGCCCACUAUGACCCCACACGUGGCCCCACUAUGACCCCACACCAGGCUCCACCAUGACCCCACACCAGGCCCCUAACCCCAGUCUUCAUCGGGGAGGUGAAUCCACAUAGUGCAGGGACAGAGCUCCACCUGGUGGCCCUUUUCCAAACCUUGACCAUAGUCGUCCUAAAGGUACACACUGACCCCGUUUACACUCACACUAAAACUCUGAUCAUUAUCUAAUUAGUAGCGUUAUCAGAUCAUCAGUGAUCAUGUAAACAGUGUAAUCUGAUUAUAAUAAAUCAGAUUAAAACACCUGGAUUUGUCCCCAGUACUCCCAUGUCUUUAUGCAUGUGUACGGGUUAAUCUGAUUUAUUUAUUUUACAUGUGAACGUGUUUAUUUCUGCUGUAAAGUUGGACAUCAGACUGAUAUUAAAUAGCACAAUGUCAAAUUAAACUUAUAUAAAUGGUCAGAUUUAUUAUUUAGACGUCAAACUUUGGAAAAGGUCCUCUGAAAUACAUUUAAUCGUAUGUAAACGAGGAUCUGAAUUCUGUGUUUAAUGUGUCUUCCUGUGAUAUUUAUGACCUAGAGCACCUUUGGUUUUGGGUGUUAAACCUAAAGACGAUAAGGUGGUAGGAAGGUGUUUGUUGUGUGUGUAAAGAUGUUUAUUAGAGAUAAAAGUCAAUCUGAAAUGAAGUGUUUUUAAUGCACAAGCGUCCGGAAAAGCCAGGCUGUUGGAUGACUGUUUUUUCUGGUUUCCCUUUAAAUCGUUGAUAAUCGACAAUAACAACAGUGACCGUCCCCUCACGCUGUCCACGGGCUGUUGUUAAGCACAACGCUGGUAUUUGCACUGUUGUCCUCUUUAUUGCUGUGGUUGUGAUGAAAUUAUGAACUGUAGAGGAAACGUCUGGACUCGACAUUAAACCGUCCUUCCUGGAGCCAAAAAAACAUUUCAAAGAAAUGGAUGAAGCCGAGAAUCAGACGAAACAUAAUUUACUGGAAUUUGGGUUUUGGAUCCGGUUUAUACUGUGUCUCUCAACCUGUCGUGUAAAAAUAAGCCUGGCAUAAUUCUGUUUCUGUUUUAUAUCCUGUUUAAUUUUGUAAAAAAAUAAACUUUAUGUAUCAUUUCCAGACGUUUAAUGAAAACAGCCUGAGUCGAGGCUUAUAUUUGGUCCGUUUUCUUCUUCUCUAAACAAGUAAGAACCACUGACUCCUUUGGAAAUUCUGCAAUUUGCAUGUUUGUUCAUGCUUUGUUUAGCCGGUAAAUGCGUAGGAAUGCAGUUUUUAUUUUUCGUCCGCACACACCGGCAACGUGGAACCAUCGCGUUGGUUCCAGACGUCGAUAAAGAGUCCGAGGUAUUUAUAUCCAGCCUCGUCUAGAGGUUCCCAUCACGUUCCAACACCCCGAGCGGCUUUUAGCAUCCUUCCCAACAUGCAUUCCUCAAACCCAGUCCAAGUUUUCUGAGAUCCGACGCCAGCUCGAACCCAAACACCAUGUCCGUCGUAUUUCUGUCUAAUCCACCUGAUGUCUUCGCAAUAAAUCAACCCGGGAACGCCACGAUGGGGCGUCGGACGCAUUUUCCCAAACUCUGUGCUGUUUUCAGUUCAGACGUCGAUGAAUAUUUGAAAAUUUGCCAAAAGAUAAGUGUGUUUUCAGACGUUAUGUGCAUCCGGUCUCCAUCAGAGGUGAUUCUCACGUAUGUCAGAGUUCUUUUAUCUUCUGUCUGAAAUGACUGAGUUUGUUUGUGUUCAGAGGAUCAAACCCUGUGUGACUGCAGUUCAAUAAAGUCAUGUGCUCUGUCCAA